AUGAAUGACACAAUGCACCAGUCUCUGUUCUUUGUCAAUCUGCCGGCGCUACAAAAACUCUGUGCCACUACAGUAAUACUGAGUUCUCAGAUACCGGAAACUGAGACAAGGAGUACACAGAUAAAGAUUUGCAGACAGUUAUUAUUCCUGCAUCAAGACAUCCUUUCUGCACCGGUUAUUGGAACACUAAAUCAAAUUUUGGUUGUAAUGGCGAUGCCAUUUUACAAAUCAGGAGUAUGUCAAGCCUACAUAGAGAAACAAGGAGCUACCCUGGGAGCACCACAAACAGUUAGUCCAGCCAUUCUCCAAACCUGUCUCUCCUACACACUUACAGCCAGACUUGCACCCAGAUGGAACAAGGCUGGUCAUCUUUUGGUGCAAGGAAAAGAUUUUUUGUCUCAUUCAGGAAGGCAAAAUGCUGUCGUUAUAGACCUCAAUGUAUCAGAGAGACAGCUUUGCAUUAGUUUGGAGGCUUGCUCAAUUCGGUUGCCACCCCCUCAGCUGGGAGAUUUUGAUAUUUCAGCAAACACCUUAAAGCUGUUUGACAGCAAUGAAAAUACAGUUAUUCACCAACAUUCCAUAUUAAGUAAUUGGUGCUAUGUUUUACCAAGCAUGAAAAUGGGUCAGAUCAUAAAUAUCAGCCACAUAAUUCCUCCAGAAUCUCCUUUCCGUUCAUAUAAAGAGUUUCAGAUGCACUGGAAGAAUCUGUAUGGAUAUAUUCUUCCAGAGGAUCUUGAAGAGACAAAAAUAUAUUUCAGUGUUUACUUCAAACCAAUAGGGGAAAGGUUCUUUACGUACCCUUUAAGUUGCAUUCGAAGUCAGCCAGUACAGUAUUUCCCUAGAACAGAUUCAGAAACUGUGUUGAACUCUUUUCUUUCUGACAUGAAGCGUAAUCUUUCACAUCUAUGUGGAUUUCCAGUAAAGAUGACAAGUCAAGCACUUUAUGCUACACAGGAACUCUCCAGGGCUCCGGUGCGUGAAAUAAAAUCUAAGCAUAUGAAAUUGGCUGGUGAGAUGGUUUGUGUAGUAUCUCUAACGCAGGCUCCCCCAAGGAAACAGACUUUGCCUAGAAUUUCUUCACCAUGCAGUAUGGAAAACAGCCACUGGAUGGAGCGUUUGAUCAAAGAGCCAGGAACACACACUCUCUCUCGUAGCAGCAAGGGUACGGAAAAGGUUAGCAUUGAAGCAACAGAGAAAUUAAUGAAUAAUAGGCAAAUACCAGGAGUACCAGAGUUACCAGUUGUGAAAUCUUCCGGAAUGCCUGUAAAUUUAGCCUUUGAACUCCCACCCCAAAAAGUCAGCAAAAUUAUACCAAUUUUCAAAGGAAAGUUGAUGCAAAUGAAUGGAAAGACCACAAAUCAAAUGGAUGGCAAGAAAAGAGAAAAUGCUGAAAGACAUUCGCCAAAAGUUAUGGGUGUUUCAUCUUCUAUGCUGGCUGUGCGCAGGUCCAGCAUAACUCAGGUUUACAAACCCAUUCAAAAUAUAUCAGUUAAAAAUCCUACUCAUAGCAACGUACUUCAAGUAGUGAACAUGAAAACAUAUGCGAACCAUGGUAUACCUGUAUUUCGAUGGAAAACAGAGUCUGGUGGACAAAUGACUAAUUCUGAUUUUUCUGAUAACUCAUCUUCAGGUGGGAAUUCAAGUGAAGUCAAUCACAAAAAGGCAAAUUCUCCUUGCUUUCUUAAGAAUGUUGGGUCAAUGCUUCAGAAAUCGAACAUCAACCUGAGUAGUCUGAAUACCUGCGCAUCUCCUUCCAGUGCAAGAAGGGGAAAAAAGUUUGCAAGUCAAAAUACCACACAAGUUCUUGAGAAACACCAGUCAAAGAAAGUACAUUUACAGAUUUGUAAAUUGGACAAUGAAAUAACAAAUUCCAGUUUAUCACAGCAACAAACGAAGAGAUCAAAUGAAGGAGCAGGGUUAAAUAUUCAUGAACCUGUCUUAAAUGAUACAGUGUGCACCACCAAAAAUGAAGAAAAUAAAGCAGCAUGGCAUUCUAAGGACUAUAUCACUAGGACAACCAGUCAUCAUUCCAAAUCUAACUUUGAACAGAUGAUUACAGGCAAUGAGUAUCUGACAUGUGAAACCCUGACCUCAAAACCGACCUUAUCAAUCAAGGAGAACAACAUUGAAGCACCUGUAAAGAAAGGUUGUGCCAGAAGACGACAGAAAGAAGAAGGUUAUUCAAAGUUAAAGAAAACCAAAAGAAGUAAGCCUUCUAUUUAG